GAGGAGCAGAAGCGCAUCCAGAAGAAGAGGGCCAACUUCGGACCCGACAAGCGUGAGAAGAGGAAGAAGUACUGGGCCGAGUGCUCCAAGAGGCCCGAGCACAAAGAGAGGAAGCGGAUCCAUAACCAGAAGCUGGACAAGAGGAGGUUGAGGAGUGGCCCGGAGCGCGAGCGCUACCUGAUCCAGAAGCGCAAGCGCGGGAAGGAGGCCUGGAAGAAGAAGGCGCCGGCAGUGAGCGGCCAGAUGCGCUUGGCCACGAUCAACGUCACAGCUCUGAACGCCGCCAGGUUGGAGGAGCUGCUCGCGCACGACGACCUGAAGGAGGUGGACUUCUUGGCUUUGCAGGAGGUCUACCGAGCCCGGGCCGUGCACAUGAUCGAGUAUGUGAUGCGAUUAUAUGCGAUUGCUAAGAUGGAGCGCCGCCUGAGGGCGGAGGACAGUUCAUCAUGGAAGCAGAUUUUUGCCAAAGAAGUUAUUGACCCUGAGUGGUGGAGAGCAGCGAGUUCGGUCAUGCAUGACCCGACGGAGUGCCCCGCCUUCACUGCCGAUGACAUGUCCGAGGAGUGGCGCAAGAUCUGGCGCCCCGAGGGCUUCAAUGGCGAGGCAUGCUCGACAUCGUGGGUGGAGCAUGCUCGGCGAAUGCGUCGCCCCCUCCCUCGGAGCAAGGCCCAGGCGGGCUGGAGUCCGAGUUGGGAGCAGUUCCUGCGAGCCAUCGCUCGCGGGAAAGGAAGCGCUGGCUAUGACGGCUGGACAGCACGAGAGUUGAAGAUGAUGGCCGUGACGUUCGAGUUCCUAGUGCAGGAUUUGUACAAUCUCUGGCUUGACACGACGAAGUUCCUCGGCGCCAAUGGCAUGUUCAAGACUGUCCCCUCGGAGGAGAG